AUGGUUUAUUUACUCGAUUACUUCCAGCAUCGGCGGGAUUGCCAGUUCAAGCAAGCAGAGCGCGUGCAACGGAUCCAGGCCCUCCCGACUUACCAAGGUCCAUUCACGAGUUCAGAGCGUCUGGUGCUGUCAAAACCCAUCGAGCAACUCGUACAAGAUGUACACCAGCAGGUCCUUCAGCCAAUCGAUAUCCUGCGCGCCUACGGCAAGGCCGCGCUGAAGGCGCACGAGAAAACUAAUUGUGUGACGGAGGUUAUGAUCGGAGCUGCCGAGGGCUGGACCACGGAUGGGAGCGUGAAUAUGAAAGGCCCGUUGGCGGGUAUUCCGAUCAGUCUGAAGGACUCGAUCGUGGUCGGUGGCUUUGAUACCACCGUGGGGUACAGCCGCAAUGUGGGAAACAAGGGAGAGAAGGAUGGGACUAUGGUUAGGCUAUUGAAGGAUGCGGGAGCCGUGCCGUAUGUAAAGACCAAUUUGCCAAUCACGUUGCUGAGCUUCGAGUCAACGAAUGAUGUCUGGGGCCGCUGUACCAAUCCUCAUAAUAACAAGUACUCGCCGGGGGGGUCGACCGGAGGAGAGAGCGCGCUGCUGGCGGCUGGCGGUGGAAGGAUCGGUAUUGGAAGUGACGUUGCCGGUAGUGUGAGAGCGCCAGCGCAUUUCUCGGGCAUUUACAGCUUGAGAUGCUCGACAGGACGUUGGCCCAAGAAUGGGAUGGUGACGAGUAUGCCGGGCCAGGAGGGAAUCCCAAGUGUCUUUAGUCCUAUGUCGAGGACGCUGGAGGACUUGUCAUACUUCACGAAGUCGUUGAUAAGUAUGCAGCCGUGGAAGUAUGAUCAUUCCGUACACCCUAUCCCCUGGAGAGCGGAGGUCGCCGAGCAAUUCGCAGAGAAGAAGAAGUUUAAGGUCGGGGUUUUAAGGACUGAUGGUGUGGUGGACCCAAGCCCGGCAUGUGCAAGAGCUGUUGAGGAGGUCGUCCAGGUCUUGAAGAAGGAGGGUCAUGAAGUUGUUGAUGUCGAGCCCCCAUCCCCGUACGAAGCUCUCUAUAUCGGCUCGCAACUCCUCAACUCCGACGGAUGCAAGACCUUCAAGUCAUUUUUCAGGACCGGAGAAUGGGAAGACCCCGGGGCGAAGCAGAUGAGUUGGCUGAUGUCCCUCCCAAGCCCGUUCAAGUGGCUGUAUUACGCCUGGGUCAAGUACGUUCGGCGGGAUGAGAUAUGGGCCGGCCUUGUCAGAGACUGGAAGCCGAAGUCCAGUUAUGAGCAAUGGAAAUUCGUUGCCAAAAGGGAGGCAUACAAAGCGAAGUGGCAUGACUGGUGGGAGCAAGAAGCCAAGGUGGAUUUCAUCAUCACACCCCCCAACGCUACACCGGCCGUCCCCCACGAUGGGAUGAAGGACGCGGUCAGUAGCUGUGGCUAUACCUUCUUGUUUAAUCUGCUUGACUACACAUGUGGGAUCAUGCCCAUCACACACGUCGACAAGGCCCUGGAUCAGCUGCCAUCCGACUUCUCCCUCAAAAAGUUAAAUGGAGUGGCGUACGGCGCGUACAAGCACUACGACGCCACAGCCAUGCACGGCCUUCCUGUUGCGGUGCAGAUUGUGGGUCAGAGAUUGGAGGAGGAGAAGGUGCUGGCAAUCAUGAAGCGGAUCGAGGAUAUCCUAGGGGAUGACAAGUAUCAGCUGUUAGAGAUUGAAUAG